AUGUUUAGACAAAACUUUCAGCGGAGCCUUCGGUUGGGCAAGCCUACAGAGCUUCUUACCAGGACGAGGUUGCAGCUUCAGCAUAGAUUGAGGUUUCAGUCUACAAAUGUUCCGAAAAAGCCCGAGCCUAGGGGGAUCAAAAAGCUAGUCAAGGAUUACGGCUAUUCCGCCUUGGGUGUUUAUUUGACAUUGAGCGCCAUCGACUUGCCUCUUUGUUACUUGCUUGUUCAUCUGAUGGGGAAGGAGGAAAUCGAAAAGUAUGAAAACCAGGUGAAACAGUAUUUUGGGUACGGUAAGAGCGACGAAGAGUUGCACAAGAUGCAAGAGAUCAACAGGAUCGAGGAAGAACACGAACCUGAGCCUGAGGGCAUGUUCUCGUGGUUUUCUUGGACAGAGUUUGCUCUUGCUUAUGGCCUACACAAAUCAGCGCUCAUCUUUGUGAGAGUACCUUUGACUGCUGCCUUGACUCCUACCGUGGUCAAAGUGUUGCAGAGGUGGGGAUUCCGUAUUGGCCCUGGAGCUGCAGCUUCUGAGGUCCCACGUUUUGGAACUAAAGUGACGAAGAAGAACAAGUGGUUUUCUUGGUUCUUCUAA